UAUGGUUUGAACGUCCUCAGUUUGCGCUUCCAAAGUUGUUCGAUGGUCUUCCGGUACUCGUCGGUUCCAUUUAAUUUUUCGACUUCCGCUAAAGAUGAUAAACUUAUUCACAAAUAAACGCCGCUGAAGAAGACCGAGAGGUCGAAAGAAAGCUUCAAUUCGAGAUUAGAUUAAUGCAAGCAUAGCAAACCUAAGACAUUGAAUGAUUGCAUGGACAACAAGCCGACAAUGAUAUUUUUUACCAUUCAUUUGAUACUGGCUGAAUUUCUGUGGAAAGAUGGCAGAGUGUACGGUGAAAAUUGGAAGCACUGGCAGAAAUGUCCUGACUCAGAACUAUGCCAUUGCAGACUAGAAGACUCCAAAAUGAGCGUGGACUUCAACAGCGAAGGGUUUAAAGAAACAAUACAUUAUGAACCGCUGCCAUCCUCGAUAGACGAGUUCCCGUGGAACACAUUUGGCUUCCCAAGUCGAAGUAACUUUGUUAACUUUGAACCCAACGCCAAUGACUCAACAUCUGUGAUAUCUAUACACUUGAGAGAACUUUCUCUGGAUGAGCAGAUAAAAUACAUACAAGACAAUAAGGGAUUUGUCUCGAAUACAUCGUCAAUGCGAUGGCUGGACUUGUCAUAUAACGAUAUGAAUUUUUGUGCAAUUAGACCAUUGUUUAAGAACAGUACAACCCUGUUUUCAACUUUGAAUAAUUUACUUGAUGAUAUGAAUAAUAUCGAACUUGCAUAUGUUCUCAACCCUGUAACAAAACUAGAACAGCUUGAAAGGAAGCUAGUUGGACUAAACUAUUUUCAGCUUUAUGUUCUACGAAACCUCAAAAAUAUAGCGUCUCUUAAAAUAAAUCCAAGCAUACUGACCUAUCCGCCUUCCGAGACCCCGGCCGCGAGAGAUGGUCCCCAAAGCCAGAACAUGAGUACGCUACUCCUGCACAAGACCACCGCAUGCCCAGAAUAUCCACCGACCGCGGGAGGUGUGAGGAUUACGCUAGUCCCGUACAAGACCGCAAGCCCAGGAUAUCCAAACGAUUGCACUUCAACAAUUCAAAUUCUGUCCGACACUUCAACAAUUCAACUUUUGCCCGUGCACGUGGCUACGGUGUGCUUUUGUAUAGGAUUAAUACUGCUUUCGAUAGUCACUUUUUGGAACAGGUGGUACCUGCUAUUUUACUGGUACCGUCUCAAGAGACUGAUCAAAUUAAAGAAUGAAUACAUCGAUCCUCAGUUAGAAUCAUUUGUUGGUAAUGCAUCUAUUUUAUACGAUGCAUACGUCAUCAACAGCGACGCUGACGGUCAUUUUGUUGAUCAUCAGUUGGUUCCGCUGGUUCAAGAAAAACUCGGUUACAAUCUUCACACGUCAAACAAAGAUGACGUCAUUGGAGGGUCAAAAGCGGAUAACUACUUUGAUGCGAUUGAUGCAUCAAGAUGUGUCAUUGUGGUCUUCUCCAACAGCAUAAUGAAGGACGCAUGGUGUCAGUUUCAGGUCGACAUCGCUCUGAUGAGCAGGGUGGAAUCAAUGGGUAGAAAGAAAAUAUUUGUGGUUAUUUUGGACGACACAAACAUGGACAGCGCUGAUAAAUCCAGGUGUGUCCUCUUGACCAAAAAGACGAGCGCGAAAUGGAGCGACAAUGAAAACAGCAUCAGACAGAGAUUGCUCAUUGAAGAGCUAAUAUCAGUUUUGGGGAGCCCUCAGAAAACAUACUUCUCAUUAUUAUAAACAAAUGAAAAUAUAUGCAAUAUCUUCUUCUGGUAAAAAGGGUUAUCGUUACUUGGUUACAAUUGUUAAACUUAAAGUACAACUCUGAUUGCCAAUCUAUGGAACUCAAAGAGCCGUGUUGAUGGUAUGAAUAUGAAGUAUAUUUGUUAUUUAUCUCUUAACUGCUAUACGAUACUCAGUUUCUUUUUAAAAACCGUAAUUAUCAGUUGUAAUUGACGAUUGGUGAAUUAUUAGCAAAUGUGUAGUAAUGCAAUCGCAGCGCUAUUAGGACACACAUUUUAGAAAUUCAAAUGAUUGUAAUCGUAUUAUGCCUCUGGUGCACAUUUACAUUUGAGACGCUGACCCAAUAUUUUGAAUUGUUAUUAUACCCUGAUCGAUAACACUCCGCCCGUUUCCGAAAUAACUAUUUUCUAACCGAUAACACAAUUUUACCUCCGCCUACAUUUGACAUUAUCAUGCUUAUCUACAAUGUAAAAGCAUUCGUAAGUCACGCACAAUAGGUACUAUUUUGGUAAGAAUGUCGCUUAAAAUGAAACAAACAAUCGAUCUGUGUCAGAUAGGUCAGAGGUUUUAAAAGCUUCGAUGAUUUAAGAAUGAUGUCAACAGUUGUGACGAGGAAACACGCAAAUUGUACAUACAAUUAGCAUACGUGAAAUAGUACCUGAAAAAAAAGGAAACGCCAUAGCCCAACAAAUCACGUAAAUACAAUUUCAACGAUCGCCCUCACAACAUUUAACUGUAAACUGUAACGUGCAUGUUAAAUGCUUUAUUUUUAAGUUUUACCUUAAAAUGCACAAUCAAAUAUAAUCCAAUGAAAUCAUUUAUUUUGUAUCAAUGAUCAUCAUGUCAAUCAAUUUUGAGCUGGAAGUGUCAUUGUGUUUGACACAAAGUUACACAUCUUAUUGAGCUAAAUCAUUGUGUUUACGAUAUAGCUUGCGGUCAUUAAAAUCACACAACUCUCGAAAUACAUGUACGUCAUACAUGUAGCUUUAGACUAAGUUUCAAUUUCGUGUUCGUCAAUUCAAACCCACUUCACAAACGCGACAAAAAAAAUAAUUGCAAAUCCAGAAUUUUCUUUCCCCACCAACUUAAUCGUCUCAUCUUUUUAAGAAUGGCCGACAACAUAUCAAUACUGAAUAUUACAUAUCAUGGUGUAAAAAGUUAAUCAAAUGUUCACUUGUUUAGAAUUGCAAUGUUUGUGAUAAUUUAGAAAUCGUAUGAUUGCAUAUUUUGUGUUUUUGUUGAGCGUUUGAACUGAACACGUUUAACACUCUCAUGCAGACAGUUAUAUGCGCGUGUAAGUACCUACAAUGAUGUGAUGUGAUCUUAUUUUUGUUGUGUUAAAUGUCCCAGUAACAUUUUCUUAAUUCGAUUUUAGCUCAUUGGUUGAAUAUGUGUUAAAAUGUUAUUAUACAUGAUUUUAUCUUGAACGAUUUCGUGUGUGAAAUGUUAAAUACAAAUCGAUCUAUUAUGACCUCAAAUUGGCUCCUAUAUAGAUGCAUACUGUGCUGUAUUGUUAAUCGCUAAAUAUUUGCGGUUUAUGUGUAUGGUCUAUUUUGAAGAAAAAAAAUGAAUGUCAUAUUAAAUAGAAUAUAUGUUUGGCAAGCUUCGUCUUUUCCUACGCCAUAUCAGACUUGUCUAAUAACACAUGUUAUCCAAAGUCACUACGCAUAUGUUCUCUUGAAAAAAUAAACCCCAUUAUUUUUAAGCGAUCUUGCUAUCGGCUAGGUCUUUAAUUUGAUACGAGAAGUCGUUUGAAAUUAAAAUUGAUUACCAACAAUUCAUGUAUACAAAUCGAAGUUUACUUCGUUGGCGACAGUUAGCCAAGCACCCAUAAUCACGACAGGCUACGAAAUAUCUGUAGUAUCUCAUAGUCCAUAUCUUUAGAUAUAGAUUAUAUGACAAGAAUAUGGCAUUUUUACCAACUUGUUUUCGGAGAAGUUGGAUUCAUUGUGCCACUUGUGUGUUUCUUGUUUGUUGUAUGCUGUCUAUCGAUCCAAUCAACAUAAAUCAAGUUCUCUUUGUUAUUUGCAGACUUGAUCAAGAUACAAACUGUACUUCUAGUUCUUUAAUAUGAAUCCAUCAAUUUAAGAAUACUGCUAUUAUUCGUUUUUCCGUACUCUGGUAAUAGCUUAC